AUGGCGGCGAGCGUGGCCGUGGUGCAGGGCCCUGCCGACCAGGGGCCUAAGUGGACAUCCGGUCUUAAAUCCUUCCAGCUAAGCAGGAGGAGAUGCUUGGGUGGUGCCGGGGACGCUUCGGAUCUCCGCCCAUUGUCCGGCGCGGUCGGGUCGGGUUUCUCCCAAGUUUGUGAGGAGAGACGGAACCAGUCCGACGAGUCUAUCCAAAAAGUCAUGUACUUGAACUGCUGGGGUCAGGGCUGA